AUGGAAAUUCAUCAUCGCUUAUUCGAGAAAUCUAUUAAUUAUAAUACUACAACCAUUGCUGCUGCUAAUAAUCUUAUACCGAUACUUUGUGAUACAAAUGAUGCAUCAGGAAUUCCGGAAAACAGUAAUUUUGGUGCAUGUACGUCAUCGUUAAUUAAUAAUACCGAUGCAUUCGCAUCGCUUAAUCGAACAACACUUAAUAUUAAUGAAUUUCCUGGUUACAGUAAUACUUCAACUGGAUUACUUAAUCAUUCAAUAAAAUCCGAUUUAUCACUUGAUUUGUCGACCACAAUAGCAACACGAGCUGUUGCUCUAGCAGCUGAAACAACCCCUAACGAAAUAAAAAAUGAUUUAAAUGCUAAUAAUCAACAUCAUUGUCAACAACAACAACACCAACAAUCUGCACAAACAUUAACAUUACAAAAUGCGGAAAAUAAUAUUUGCGCAAUUGUUGGAACACUAACAGCAGCUUCAUUACAAUCUGAUCAAAGCAAUACAACAAUGAUUAUUACCACUAAUAGAAGCAGAAAUAGCAGUAGCGGAAAUGAUGGCGCAAAUGUUAAUAGUAAUAAUAGCAAUUGCAAUUGUGCAAUAACAACGGCUAAUGAACCAAAUUUUUCACAUCGAAUUUCAAAGUUCGAAGUGGAAAUAUGCUCAUCAUGUUCAGAAUUUAUCUUAGAUCGAACACUGUUAACUGUCAAUUCACGAUUUUGGCAUAUUAAUUGCUUGAAAUGUUCACAGUGUUCCACAUUAUUGGAACAGUACUCAUCUUGUUUUGUUAAAGAUAAUAAUUUCUUUUGCAUACAAUGCUAUAAUAGACGAUUUGGAACAAAAUGUUCAUCCUGUCAACGUUUAAUUCAUGCAACUGAUUGGGUAAGACGAGCUCGUAAUUUUGUCUAUCAUCUUGCAUGUUUUGCAUGCGAUCAAUGCAAACGUCAAUUAAGUACAGGUGAAGAAUUUGCAUUGCAAGAUUGUCGAUUGCUUUGCAAACAGCAUUAUAUGGAAUUGAUUGAAGGAGAAUGUGGACAACAAAAAGCAAAAACAAAGCGUGUACGAACAACAUUUGCUGAAGAGCAAUUAGCCGUUUUACAAACGCAUUUCCAAAUUGAUAGUAAUCCGGAUGGUGCUGAUUUGGAACGAAUUGCUACAAUGACAGGUCUUAGUAAGCGUGUUACACAAGUUUGGUUUCAGAAUUCAAGAGCACGUCAAAAGAAAUAUCAGGGUAGUAAGAAGAAUCGAAUUAGCCAUAAUAGCAAUAGUGGACGGUCAUCAACCGAUCUAUGUAGCACUCCAAAGAGUCCCAGUGGUGACAGUAUUGAUGGCAUGAUUUUCCCAACAUCUGUCUUAACAAGUGUGGAAGAUGCAAUGGUUGCUACAGAGCAGCGAAUAAUCCCAUCAGGUUCUACAUAA